AUGACCUCCCUCGGCGUAAUCUUCCCCGACGACGUGACGAACCAGCACGGCGACGCCGACCACGGCAUCCAGUACGCCUCCCCGCACCUCCGCAAGCCCCUGCUCUUCGAACUCGCCGAGCCCAGCGCCGACGACGACCGCAAGCUCUUCAGCCACUACCUCUGGAACGCGAGCCUGCAGCUCGGCGAGUUCGUCGAGGCCGCCACGUUGGAGCUCGACGACGCCGUCACAUCCCGCCUGGGCCCGCCCAUAAGCCACUUCGACGUCCGCGGCAAGACCACGCUGGAGCUGGGCGCCGGCACGGCCCUGCCCAGCAUCAUGUCCGCCCUCCUCGGCGCCGACCGCGUCGCCGUGACGGACUACCCGGCACCGGCCGUGCUCAAGACUCUCCGCGCCAACGCCGCACGCAACAUCGACCCCGCCGUCUCCCCCAAGAACACCAUAACGGCCCGCGAGGUGCUGGUCGAGGGCCACUCGUGGGGCGAGCUCGAGGACUCCUUCUCCGUCUCCAACAAGCACGCCUUUGACCGUGUCUUUGUCGCGGACUGCCUGUGGAUGCCAUGGCAGCACGCGAACCUGCACAAGUCGAUCGACUGGUUCCUCCGCCAGGACGGCGACGCGAGGUGCUGGGUCGUCGCCGGGUUCCACACGGGCCGCGCCAAGAUGCGCGACUUCUUCGGCGAGGCGGCGCUGGCCGAGGCCGGGCUCGAGAUCGAGGCGAUUUGGGAGCGGGACUGCGACGGCCAGGAGAGAGAGUGGGCGUGGGACCGCGGCUUCGAGGACGUGACGAUCCGGAAGAGGUGGCUGACGCGCGCCCGCGUACCGCUGUGCCCCGGUGCGGCUGAGCUGGAUCCUGAGCUUCUCCCCCAUUCAGCUGCCCUCAGCCCGGCCACGCCUCCCGAUUGGCUCACCGCGGCUAUGUGGCUUGGCCUAGGCCCCGUGUAA